AUGCAGUUGACUCCCAAGGACUUCAUCGCUCUUGCUGUCUACACCUUCACCUUUCUGCUCGGCCUUCCUUCCAACCUGCUGGUCCUCUUUGUGUAUGUGCGCAAGGCCUACAAGCGUGGCGCCACGCCUAACGUGGUCUACGCCCUCAACCUGUGCCUGGCCAACCUGGUCCUCAUGGCCUGGCUGCCCAUCAAGACUCUGGAGACUCUGCUUCAGGCCUGGAGGCUGCCACCACUCGUCUGCCCCAUCUACAACUUCUUCCUCUUCUCCUCACUAUAUGGCAGCUGCCUUUUCAUCACUGCUGUGACAGUGGGGCGUUACCUCAGCAUCGCAUUCCCAAUUAUCUACAAGAGAUACCGCUCCGCUCGAAACUCUUGCUUUGUCAGCGUUGCUCUUUGGUUGUUGGUGCUGCUACACCUUAGCUGUGCCCUGGUGGCUGAAGGAGGGGCUAACUUUGUCUCUGUCAAGGAUCACACCUCAGCUUGCUAUGACAAUUUCAACACCUCCCAGCUGGCUGUCCUGCUGCCUCUGCGCCUGGAGAUGGCCAUCGUGCUGUUUCUUGUGCCUCUGAUUGUGACGUCCUUCUGCACGCUGCGCUGCGUUACCCUGGUGUGGCGCUCAAAUUUGCCCCCCAUGGGGAAGAGAAGAGUCCUGACUGUUGCACUCUCCACACUCGCUGUGUUUGUGGUGUGCUAUGCGCCCUACAACGCCUCACACAUCGUGGGGUUUGUGUUGAGGCGCAGUGUUGAGUGGAGGACGUACGCUAUGCUGACUAGCUCGUGUAACGUUUUCCUGGAGCCCAUGGUCAUGCUGAUGCUGUCGCCAGCAGCGUCGAGGGGCAUCAUGGGAAGAAUCUGUGGAAGGCAAAGUCAGUUCAGCCACAUUGAAGGGUGUCGGCAUCGAUGUAAUACUGUUGCAAAUGUCAGGGCGCCUCCUACGCUGUCUGAGAAGAGCCAGGCGGGGGCUGAGGUGACUAAAGUCAGUCAGGAGUGA